GUCCAGAUUCAAAUAUUCCCAGUUGUUUCAACAGUGGGUGUUUACUAUGGGCUUGUUUGGAUCAGGAUUUAACAUAACAAACUACCUUAAAAUGUAAUUGUAAUGGCUUAAAACAGUGAUUAUUUCUCACAAACCUGUGAGUGGGCCGGGCUGACCCAGUUGGGGAUGAAUGGUAGAGGGUGCCCUCACAUCUGGCAGGCAGCUAGGAAAGCAAGAAUGAUGCAGCAAGAUUGCACCCAUCAAUGUGCGGGCACUUGUCAUUAUGCCCAUGUUGCCUUGUCCCAUCUCACUGGCCAGAGCAGAUGGCACGAGCACCCUUGCCUGAGUGUGGGGCGCCACCCAGCAGAAUUGGGACAGACAGGAAUGAAUUGGAGCUGUUAUGGCAGUUGUCCACAAUAAGGGCUCCGUUCUGUUCUCCUUUUGGGUCUUUUUUAUUCUAGAGCAGUAUCUGUUGCUGACUUUUUUUUAUGCCCCACGCUGGAUCUGGUUGACUUUCCCCAUAGAAUUGGUAUGUGUGUCCCAGAUGGGAACAGUAGCCCUGUGCACAGCCAUGUGCCAGGCUUCUGUGGCUCUGCCCUGACCCUAGACAUGGAGAGGAGGGCAGGUGAAUCGGGCUCUGGGCUUUGUGUUCCCAGAGCAAUAGCCUUAGGAGAUGGUUGGCAGUUAAGCUUGUGAGCCAGGCCAGGCAGCAUGCAGGCUGCGCGCACUCUGGUUUCUGGUUAGGAAGCCCUCAGUGCUGCUGCUCCCUAGAGUACAUGCCCAGAUGGUUCUAAGAACCUGUACGUCAAUUCUCAGGAACCCCGCUGCCCCGCUGUGGUGCUCAGCAUCAUGGACGCUGAGUCAAGUUCGUAUUUAGUAGACUGAAUCAGCAAAAACCUAACCAGACAGCCCCAGAAGGGUGGGUCGUUAACCAGCCAAUGGGACGAAUGACGAGGAGGGAGGGAGAGUAGUUAAAAACCUAAGAAUAAACCACAGAGGAAGCAAAAGUAUUGCGUAGAUAGUGUUCUGUGCGUGCAUGUGUAGGUUUCAGGUCACAGUGUAAAAGUCUAUUUCUUUUUUACUGGUUUUAAAUGUAUUGAAAUUCACAUAAAAGUAACCAUUUUAAAGUAUAUUCACAGUGUUCCACUGCCACGCCUGUCUGGUUCCAGCAAAAAAAGGGACAUUUCUGAACCUGGAUCAGUGUCCAUUUUUUCCGGACUUUUUUGAUCUACACCAAGCAGCUGAUCUACCUGAAGAAAAGUGUGGGCACUUGUCUUAGCUCGGGCUGCUAUCACGCAACACCACAAACCGGGCAGCUCUGACAACAGAUACUUCUUCCUUCCGCCUCUGGAGGCUGGUAGCCUGAGGUCAAGGCACCCACCAGAAAUAAAUUCAUCACAGACCAGAGGCUGGGAAUGACUACCAGAGACUAUAUUUCCAAAAGGAAUGAGGUCCAGUAUCCAGCCCAACCCCACGUGCCGGGAACUGGCGGGCCGCAGACACCAGACGCACACCCCGAGGUGGAAGAAGCCAGCUGCCGACGACAGGGACCAUGGCAGCCAACGCAAAGGGCAGCAAGUCUGAGCCAAACCACGUGAUUUUCAAGAAAGUCUCCCGGGACAAGUCGGUGACCAUCUACCUGGGGAAGAGAGACUAUAUAGACCAUAUUGAUCAAGUAGAACCUGUGGAUGGUGUCGUGUUGGUGGAUCCCGAACUUGUGAAGGGAAAGAAAGUGUAUGUGUCUCUGACCUGCGCCUUCCGCUACGGCCAGGAGGACAUUGAUGUGAUCGGCCUGAGCUUCCGUAGGGACCUGUACUUCUCUCAGGCCCAGGUGUUCCCGCCCGUGGAGGCUACCCCUGCCCCCACAAAACUGCAGGAGAGCCUGAUGAAGAAGCUGGGAGGCAACACAUACCCCUUCCUGCUCAAGUUUCCUGAUUACUUACCCUGCUCGGUGAUGCUGCAGCCCGCUCCGCAAGACGUAGGGAAGUGCUGUGGGGUCGACUUUGAGGUCAAAGCAUUCGCCAGAGACAGCGCAGAGGACGAAGAGGACAAAGUGCCCAAGAAGAGUUCCGUGCGUUUACUGAUCCGGAAGGUACAGCACGCGCCAGCAAAGAUGGGUCCCCAGCCCCAAGCUGAGUCCUCCUGGCAGUUCUUCAUGUCAGACAAGCCCUUGCACUUGGCUGUCUCCCUCGACAAAGAGACCUAUUUCCAUGGGGAGCCCAUUUCGGUGACGAUUACCGUGACCAAUAACACGGAGAAGACAGUGAAGAAGAUUAAAGCAUUAGUGGAGCAAGUGGCCAAUGUGGUUCUCUACUCAAGCGAUUAUUACACCAAGCCGGUGGCCCAGGAGGAAACACAAGAAAAAGUGCUACCAAACAGCACUCUGACCACGACACUGAUGCUGGUGCCCUUGCUGGCCAACAACCGGGAAAGACGGGGCAUCGCCCUGGAUGGGAAGAUCAAGCAUGAGGACACGAACCUUGCCUCCAGCACCAUAAUAAAGGAGGGCAUAGACCGGACUGUCCUGGGCAUCCUGGUGUCUUACCAUAUCAAAGUGAAGCUCACAGUGUCAGGCUUUCUGGGAGAACUCACCUCCAGUGAAGUGGCCACUGAGGUGCCUUUCCGCCUCAUGCAUCCCCAGCCCGAGGACCCAGCAAAGGGAAGUUUCCAGGAUGAAAAUUUGGUUUUCGAGGAAUUUGCUCGCCAAAAUCUGAAAGACUCAGGAGACACCGAAGAAGGGAAGAAAGACCAGGAGGCCGGGGAUGAGUGAAGAUGAUGCUGGGAAUCGGGGUAGUUCGCAGCCUGGAUGAGCCACGCACCACAGUUAGCCCUUUAGUUAUGCUAAAUACCAAAGUGUGAGUCUUCUCCACAGAAAUAAAGUUUGUUCUGCUGUGAUCUGA